UGUGUUUAAUUUAGCUCUUCAUGGGCCAUUUAAUAAAACGAGAUGCCGAAAAAAAAAAUCUGUCUUUCCAAUUUCUCCUAGCCUAUUAUAGAGUGAAAGGAUCUGUCGUCAUUUCCUCAUUUUCAUUCCAGAAUCUUCUUAUCAAACCAUGGCACAAAAUCUGGUCGGCUUAACCGAGAAACUAAGCUUGUCUUCGAACAAGAUUGUGUUGACCAGCUCCGACGGCGAUUCUUUCGAGAUCGACGAAGCAGUAGCUCGCGAAUCCCACACCAUAGCUGAAAUGCUCGACGCCGGGUGUGCCGGAGAAAUCCCGCUUCAGAACGUCACCGGGAAAAUCCUCGACAAAGUGAUCGACUACUGCAAGACCCACGUCGAAGCUGGUCUGAUUUUUGAAGAAGACGAAGAGGCGAAGAAGAAACUCAAGAUUUGGAAAGCGGAGUUCAUGAGAGUAGAUCUGGAAACCAUCUCCGAGCUCAUCCUGGCUGCUAACUAUCUCAACCUCCCAGGCCUUCUCGAUCUUUCAUGUCAGACACUUGCAGAUUACAUUAAAGACAAAACACCAGAGGAUGUUCGCGAGAUCUUCAACAUUCAGAACGAUUUCACGCCCGAAGAAGAAGCAGCUGUUCGCAAGGAGAACGUAUGGGCUUUUGAAUGAUUCUAAUUAAUAAUUUCUUAGAUCUGUCUACUUCGUCAAACCAUAGUGUGUUGGCCUCUUUAGUUUUCAAUGCUUUAUCUCCAGGCAAAUUCUCCGCAACAGUGGAGGUUUUCUUUUAAUAAAAAAAGAAGGUAAUAUGGACCAA